CGCGUGUCAAAUCCCAUUCCCGUUCCCAUUCCCGGAGCCCCCCUACACUCGCCCGGCGGAUUCCAAUUUCCAGGAGUCCGCCUCCAAUUUCCUCGCAACAGCAGCUCCCCACCCCACCCCACCCCCCCCCGAGAUCUCCCCGACCGGCCUCGAGAUCCCUGCGCCCAUGUCGUCGUCGGCCAUGGACGCCAUCGUCGAGCUCGUCGAGCUCUCCGAGUCCAUGCGCCAGGCCGCCUCGCUCCUCGCCGACGACGACCCCUCCGACGACGCCGCCCCGCGCCGCCCCUCCACCUUCCUCAACGCCGUCGCGCUCGGCAACGUCGGGUCCGGCAAGUCGGCCGUGCUCAACUCCCUCAUCGGCCACCCCGUGCUGCCGACGGGGGAGAACGGGGCCACGCGGGCGCCCAUAGUUGUCGACCUGCAGAGGGAUCCGGGCCUCAGCACCAAGUCAAUCGUCCUGCAGAUCGACAGCAAGUCGCAGCAGGUUUCUUCGAGUGCGCUCCGGCAUUCACUGCAGGAUAGGCUUAGCAAGGCCACCGGACCCGGGAGGAGCCGGACUGAUGAGAUUUACCUCAAGCUGCGGACAAGUACAGCUCCUCCACUAAAGUUGAUUGAUUUACCUGGCAUAGACCAACGAGUUAUCGAUGAUUCAACAAUUAAUGAGUUUGCUGGCCACAAUGAUGCAAUAUUGAUUGUUGUGAUACCAGCAAUGCAAGCCCCUGAGGUUGCAUCAUCCCGAGCUCUUAAACUGGCGAGGGAUAUUGAUCCAGAGGGAACCAGAACAAUAGGUGUCUUGAGUAAAAUCGAUCAAGCCGCAUCAGAUGCAAAAACAGUUGCAUGUGUUCAGGCCAUUUUGUCUAAUAAAGGCCCACGCACUGCAGCUGAAAUUGAGUGGGUUGCUUUAAUAGGGCAAUCUGUUGCAAUCGCGUCAGCUCAAUCAGGAUCAGUUGGGUCUGAGAAUUCACUGGAAACAGCCUGGCGAGCUGAGGCGGAAAGCCUUAAAUCAAUAUUAACCACUGCUCCUCAGAAUAAGCUGGGAAGAAUUGCUCUUGUUGAUACCAUUGCUAAGCAGAUACGUAAGCGGAUGAAAGUGCGGCUACCUAACUUGUUGUCUGGGCUUCAGGGCAAGUCUCAGGUAGUGAAAGAUGAACUUGCAAGGCUUGGAGAAUCGAUGGUACAAAGUCCGGAAGGAACCAGGGCUGUUGCUUUGGAGCUGUGCCGAGAAUUUGAAGAUAAGUUUCUCGCUCAUGUUACUUCUGGUGAGGGGUCUGGUUGGAAAAUUGUUGCAAGUUUUGAGGGCAAGUUUCCAGAUAGGAUCAAACAGCUUCCAUUGGACAGGCAUUUUGAUCUGAACAAUGUCAAAAGGAUUGUCUUGGAAGCUGAUGGUUAUCAACCAUAUUUGAUAUCCCCGGAAAAAGGUUUAAAAUCCUUGAUUAAAGGAGUGCUUGAAAUGGCGAAGGAGCCAUCACGACUAUGUGUUGAAGAGGUACACCGUGUAUUGUUAGACAUAGUAAAUGCUACUGCAAAUGGCACACCAGGACUCGGAAGAUAUCCUCCGUUCAAACGCGAGAUCAUUACAAUUGCAUCUAAUGCGUUGGAUACAUUCAAAAGUGAUGCAAAAAAGAUGGUGGUUGCACUCGUUGAUAUGGAGCGUGCCUUUGUCCCCCCACAACAUUUCAUCCGUUUAGUACAAAGAAGAAUGGAAAGGCAGCGUCGUGAGGAUGAGGUGAAAACUAAAUCAUCUAAGAGAGCACAAGAUGCUGAGCAAUCCAUGAACAAGGGUUCUGAGCAAUCUGGUGGUAGCCUGAAGUCGUCAAAAGACAAAUCCAAUCAGCAAGAUAAAGAUACGAAAGAGGGACCUAAUCUGCAGGUUGCUGGUCCUGGUGGCGAAAUAACUGCAGGUUACCUAUUGAAAAAGAGUGCAAAAAACAAUGAAUGGAGCAAAAGGUGGUUUGUCCUAAAUGAGAAGAGUGGAAAGCUUGGCUACACCAAGAAACAAGAGGAGAGACAUUUUCGAGGAGUCAUUGUCUUAGAGGAAUGUAACCUGGAAGAGAUAGAGGAGGAAGAGCUUUCUAAAACUUCUAAGGAUUCAAAGAAGGCAAAUGGGCCAGAGAAAGGCCCAAGUCUCUUAUUUAAGAUUACUAACAGGGUUGCCUACAAAACUGUGCUGAAAGCUCAUAGUGCCGUUAUAUUGAAGGCUGAGAGUAUGGCUGACAAGAUUGAAUGGGUGAAGAAGAUAAAAGGUAUUAUUCAGAGCAAAGGUGGGUCUGUCAAGAGUUCAAAUACUCCUGAGGGCGGUUCCAUGAGACAAAGCCAUUCAGAUGGAUCUCUUGAUACGAUGGCCCGGAGGCCUGCUGAUCCUGAAGAAGAACUCCGAUGGAUGUCUCAAGAAGUUCGCGGUUAUGUCGAGGCUGUGCUGAACAGUUUGGCAGCAAAUGUUCCAAAGGCUAUUGUGCUUUGCCAAGUGGAGAAAGCAAAAGAAGAUAUGCUAAACCAGCUGUACAGCUCAAUAAGUUCACAAAGCAAUGCAAGGAUUGAAGAACUUCUCCAAGAGGACCACAAUGCUAAGCGUAGACGGGAAAAGGCCCAAAAACAAUCGACUCUUCUGUCGAAACUUACUCGUCAGCUCAGUGUCCAUGAUAACAGAGCUGCAGCUGCAUCAUAUUCUGACGAUACUUCUGGUCCAGAGAGUGGCCCACAGAGCCCUAGCCAGUCGGGUGAGGACUGGAGGUCUGCCUUCAGUGCUGCAGCAAAUGGCUCUGCCGACCGAUCCAGUUCACAGAACGAGUCAAGAUCGAGAAGUGCUGACAGUCGGGGCCGGCGGUAUGAAAAUGGGGACGCCAAUGGUGCCAAUUCAGGCAGCCGACGCACACCAAAUCGGUUGCCACCUGCACCGCCGAAAUACUAAGGAUGUUGAUUGGCAAUGUGAGAAUCAUAUUUUUCAUGGCAUGCUCUCACUCCCUUGUGAUAUUGAUGGGAAAACAGACUGGGAUGAAGAAUAGAGAGCUGGCGAGAGAUCGCAUGAAUGGUGUGUAUCCAGAGGACCUCAGUUGUUUAUAGAAAUAUGUAGGUUAUGUAUGGUGAUUGUUACGCGAUCAUUUUGCUAUAUUGAUCAGUCUGAUGCUCUCUCGGCCUGUGAGAUUUUGUUGCCACAUAUCAGUUGAUCUUGGUUCUGAACUCUGUUGUUGUAACUUGUAAGUCUUCCAUCAAACUUGCAAUGUAUCAUUUUCACCCAUUGGUGUAUUAUAUUCCUUCCAUUCUUUUUGACCUCA